GCCUGCAACUCUGGCAGUAAGAGCGUGGUUUUGAGCAGUGAGCACGGUCUCCUUAUUCGUUGCAGGUCCGGCAUGUUUCUCGUCUCGAAGCAAUGUCUCAAGCAGAUUCAACAAUCAAAAUGUCGUAGACACCUUCCACGAGUCGCCGUCGUGCGCAACAUUCAUGCCUCACCUAUUUCUUCAUUUACCCUGGCUCUCCCGACUGUGGAAUUCCCAAGUCUUCCCACUCGAGCACGCGAUACAAGGGAGUCUAUUCAAGUCUUAAAGCUCCAAGAACUCGCUCACUCGAUGAAUGCCGUAUCUCCGGACCCUGCAGUCGUAUGGAGGAAUUACCGUGGACUACUUCGCAUCGAGCUUCCAAGAAAUGUGCCUUUGGCAGUACACCAACGUGUCCUUCGCCUAUGCACACCGUCUCCGAGGGAAAUGCGACUGCACCUUGCAGAACGGAUGAAGAUGAAUGCGCGUCCAGGUGUUCCUCACCUUUACGAGAAGCGCUUCCAGCAAGUCAUCCAUAAUAUCCGGGAAGCAGGUUAUACUCCUACAUUGGAGGAUUACCACUAUGUUCUGGAACAUUUUGCUGCUGUUGGUCACCAUGCAGGCUCACUCCAAGUAUUACGGGAGAUCGACGAGCUCAAAUUUCCAAAAACAUCAACAACCUACGCGUUAUGCCUUCAAGCACUAUGUCAUAGUCUGACACUCCCGUGUUGGCAUGAGGAUCGACCACAGCUCGUGAAAGAAAUCUCACAGACCGCUCAGAAAUUGAUCGAUGAAAUGUGGGUUGCUGGCAUUCCCGUAUCUUCGGUCAACGUCGAUUUGGCUGUUCGCGUGUUGAAAGAGACACUGGACAUGGAGACAUUGGAGAAGCUACUGAAGGUUGUGUACGGUAUCGACUUGUCCUUCCCCGAUCGUCCACCUGUCGAGUAUUGGGACCAAGCCAAGUCUAAACCAGAAACUGGUGAUUUGGUCUCACCGCUACCUGGACCGCAACCGUUCACCACCCCAGCAUUGAACACAACAUUGGAUAUUCUUGGACGUCUAGGCAACGUCUCCAAGAUGGUUCAACUGUUCGAGGUGAUCACAGUUCCACUUCCGAAGGGUGUCUCUGAAGUGCCGUCUUCGUCAUUCGACGAGGAUGACGAUGAUUUUGGUUGCAGCAGUCCUGCUGUGUCCUCCUUUCCCUUGCCUCACGCGCAACCCAACACUACGACAUUCUACACGCUCAUUCGCUGGAUUUGCGAGAUGGAUCACACCAUUUUGGCUCGUCAUUACCUUCUCUACGCCUUCCGCUACGAUAGGGACAUCGAUUUUGCAAUACGCAGGGCUCGCGUCGCGAACGUGAAGAACGGCGUAGACACCCCAAUAUUUGCACCCCGCGUCUCGAUAACCCGGGGUAUCUUGCAAACAGUAAUGGGUGCUGCCAAUCGGAACAAGAACAGGAAUAUAGAGAUACUCAAAUGGGUUUCGAUGAUGAUUGUGAAAGUCCUGAGGUGCAAAAGGCACGAUUUGAAGUUCUAUUCUCUCUGGCGGGACCAAGAAGCUUCCAAACUCGAGUCGGCCGAAGACUUGUCCGAGUCAGAGGCGCCAGUAGCAAAUCUGGCAGAUGCCUCAUCGACAGUUGAGGCCUCUUCGCCGUCACCAUCAACAGCCAAUGUCAAUGACCCAGAUGUCCCACAGCGGCCCACUCCUUUAUUCGAACUCGACAUCAACGACACCUCACUCCCUCCAUCUUCAAAACAACGGUUAUUCAACCUCGAUUUACACAUAAAUCUCUUAGAGCGAGACAUCGAGGAGAUUUCUGAACUGGAGAAACGUUGCAGUGAAAUCCUAGCUCGUGACACUCAACGGCUAAAGGAACGGUUAGGCCGUCGAGUGUGGAAAAGUAAAGACGUGUAUUUCCGUGUGCCUGAGGGACGUAGGGUGGUCAGCCGAGAACAUUGGCAGGAGAUCGUGAACUUUCGCGAACCUCCUGAUGUUCAAGGGGAGGAUGACCUGGCAGACCUGGACGGACCUCCGCGGCGUUCACGACGUCGAGACCGACGUUCCUGAGCCUCUCUCACAUUAUCGAUAUUUCUAUUCCAAUAUGUGAGCUCUUAUCUCAGAUAUCGUACCGUCAAGUCCUGACUAAAUGCAAUGCGCAUUCAGUGCUUUAGACCAAUCUUAGACGCGUACAUUCUACCAUAGGAAUGGAUCGCCUGCACUCUGGGGCGUGGCAUCGAUAUACCUUACGUGCUUUAUACCUGUGCGACGGACGGCACCGUUAUUUCCAUUCGCCUGGUAGUACUCGAUCUGGGUCCCCGAGACUAAGUAUCGCGAGACGGGAAAUACAUUACCUUACGGAAAAUACUUCCUGUUCGCAGCCUCUGGCUUCCUAGGCGUUCUGGUUGGCUUUCAUUUUAGGAGCUGAUUCGAAGUGGAGAUGAUGAACGAAGACGCAUUUGUCGGUGCAUUAAUGAUAUUGUAGCUCUAGAAUGGUAGUGGUAGUGCCCUAAUAUGAAGGAUGGGAAGCAUGAACACUGGCGGACCGCGCCUUAUCUCUUGCUCAGUGGUUAUGAUGCAACGUGGCUCGAUGUAAAGAAAGAAAUACAGAAAGAAAUAACAUCGACAGCAAUC